AUGCCGGAUCUUCUUAUUCCUGCCCUGUCAGCCAUUCGUCGAGGAGGCAGAUUUAUUCCCCUCUCCAAGGGAGCUGAUAAACCUGGUCUCCGGCCAAUUGUCAUCGGUUCUGCACACCGUCGACUCGCGACGAAGCUUGCUUUGGCAGGGAUUCGCUCAUUUCUUGACCAGCACUUCCUCUCGUCUCACCCUCGAGCGAUUCAGUUCGGGCUCGAUCGAGACGGCUGUCUGAAGUUCUCGCAAACCGCGUCAGCGCUCCUGCCCCUUCACGCUCGCGGUGAUGAUGAGGAUGUUGCCAACCCCACAGUGCUGGUGAGUUUGGAUGCAAAGAACGCCUUCAACUCCCUCGACCGCCAGGCUCUCUUCGAUGCAAUCGAGGGACGUGCGAGUCGCGACUACUUUGAUGGGAGCAUCACUGAAGGCGCAAGCUUGCCCUCUUGCGAGCAUCUCCGUUUGUUCGCCUCCUACCUCUCCAGCUACUAUGGAGACUCUGCUGACCUUCGACUCUUUCACAAAAGUCAGUCAGCCUCCGUUCAGUGUACCUCGGGCGUCUGUCAGGGCGAUGUCCCCUCCAGCGUGUUUUUCUGCCACAGUAUCCACCCCCUGCUCCUCCAUAUCGCAGAGCUUUUUCCCUCUGUUCGAGUCUUGGCCUAUGCUGACAACGUCGUGCUUGUCGGUCCACUCGAGGAUGCCGUUGCAGCUACGUCCGCUAUGAAGAAGUACAUGGUGGCUGAUCUGAAGCUAGAGAUUCAACCUCGCGAGUCGAAAGUUUACAUCCCCUCCUGGCAUCAACACCCUGAUCUCUCGCAGCUGAAGAAGAGCCUUAAGCGCCGUCUCAAGACUCAACUUCUUCACUUCGAGGUCGUCACUGGCGGGAUUACACUUGGCGGCCUGCCUAUCGGCACGGAUGGAUUUCAUGCUAGUCAGCUCCGAGCGAAGGUUUCUACCCUCAACGAAGAGCUCUCAAAGCUCGGGCUCGUCCAGCAUGGCUUCAUGUUCAAGACGCUGGUGAGGGCGAGCCAUCUCCAGAAGCUGCGCUUCUUCCUCCAGGGGUCAUCUCCGUUUCUCCCGCGGGUCCAAUCACAGAUUCGUCGCUUUGACCUCUCUGUCCACCUGGCGCUUGAGAAAUACCACCGCUGGCCUUCCUCGCAGUACCUCGCCGCGCAUCCCGACCUGCUAGAGUUUGCGAGGUUCAAGCGGGAGCUUCCGCAUAGUCGGGGAGGGGACGAGUUCACGCCCUCUGAGGGUCUACACCCCGCUGUUUACUAUACGGCUAUCGCUCGCUUCCUCGCUUGGUACUCUGACCAGCCCAUGUCCCGGACCUUGCCCUCUCCUCAUAGCCUGGACGUUCACUGCUCGAGAUCUCUCCGUGCCCAGAAGCAUCCUCUGGCGACCUUCUUCGUUGAGGCGCACGACUUCGUUCAUAAUGCUGGAGCGAUCCUCUACCGUCGUGUCAAGGCUCCUGCACCGGCUGCAGAUGGCGCGGCGAUCCCACCUGCCCCGGCUGCUGUGCCUGAUGACGCAGGACGCCCCCCGGCAUCUGUGGUACACAUCCCUGGUUUGCGCGCUCUCGUCGACUCGUCUCAUGAGCACUUCAUUCCUCCCCCUGCGCAGCGAAAUGUGACCCCUCUUGUCAUGCGCGUCUUCCCUCGCCAUGUGCAUGCUCGCGCUGCGCUGACCGAUCAGCAGCGUGAUAUCCUCACCUUGCACAGCCGCAGGACACACUCGCUCAAGUCGCAGGAUAGGGUCUUGCAGUCUACCAUCUUCGCUCAUUUUCCUGAGCGAGACCUGAGCCACUCUCCGAUGCGAGUCUCGAGCUACUACCCCCUCAAGGCCUUCCCGCACCGCUAUGCUCAGAUGCUCGACUGCUAUCUCCAUGGCAUGCCGAUCUGCCAGUGUCCGACGGAAUGUGAUGGAUGUCAGCGCGAGCUCGAUCCCUCCGUUGCUGCACAUCAUCUCCAGACCUGCAAACGCCGAUCCUCCAAGCUUCCCACGGCGCAUGACAACCUUACUCGUACGAUUCGGUCGAUGCUGAACGAAGCUGGUCUUCAGAGCGUCAUCGAUACAGUGGGGGAUCCUCGUUCUCGACGGCAGGUACCCUCCCAUCCUCAUGGCCGCAAGAUGAAGGGCGAUAUCCACAUUCCUGGAAUCCGCGAUCGAGGGUCCGAGCAGUACGAGGGCUUGAUGGCGGACGUGACGUUGGUCCACCCUUACACGGACGUUCACUGCUCGAGGUCUCUCCGUGCCCAGAAGCAUCCUCUGGCGACCUUCUUCGUUGAGGCGCACGACUUCGUUCAUAAUGCUGGAGCGAUCCUCUACCGUCGUGUCAAGGCUCCUGCACCGGCUGCAGAUGGCGCGGCGAUCCCACCUGCCCCGGCUGCUGUGCCUGAUGACGCAGGACGCCCCCCGGCAUCUGUGGUACACAUCCCUGGUUUGCGCGCUCUCGUCGACUCGUCUCAUGAGCACUUCAUUCCUCCCCCUGCGCAGCGAAAUGUGACCCCUCUUGUCAUGCGCGUCUUCCCUCGCCAUGUGCAUGCUCGCGCUGCGCUGACCGAUCAGCAGCGUGAUAUCCUCACCUUGCACAGCCGCAGGACACACUCGCUCAAGUCGCAGGAUAGGGUCUUGCAGUCUACCAUCUUCGCUCAUUUUCCUGAGCGAGACCUGAGCCACUCUCCGAUGCGAGUCUCGAGCUACUACCCCCUCAAGGCCUUCCCGCACCGCUAUGCUCAGAUGCUCGACUGCUAUCUCCAUGGCAUGCCGAUCUGCCAGUGUCCGACGGAAUACCUGCAAACGCCGAUCCCGGAGUCCAAGCUUCCCACGGCGCAUGACAACCUUACUCGUACGAUUCGGUCGAUGCUGAACGAAGCUGGUCUUCAGAGCGUCAUCGAUACAGUGGGGGAUCCUCGUUCUCGACGGCAGGUACCCUCCCAUCCUCAUGGCCGCAAGAUGAAGGGCGAUAUCCACAUUCCUGGAAUCCGCGAUCGAGGGUCCGAGCAGUACGAGGGCUUGAUGGCGGACGUGACGUUGGUCCACCCUUACAUUGGUAGCUCUGCCGACCUGACCAAGUGGGGGGAGGUCAACCUCGACGCCCUCCAUGUUGCAGCGUCUGAGAAGAUUCGCAAACAUCGCGCUGCAUAUGCCAUGACUACUCCUCCUCGAGCGUUCAUCCCUCUUGCCAUCUCGACGGACGGUACCCUGCAUCCUGACACCCUCCGCUUCAUCUGGUAUCUUGCGGACAUCAUUGCUCAGCGCUCGAUGCCUCUUGAGGAUGCGGCGUUUGGUCGGCACUUCGUGCCUGAUGACGGACCUGCUGCUGAGGUCUUGGCUCGCAAACGCGCCGCCACCUAUCAGCGCCUCACUAUGCAGCUGACGCUGGAAGCGCUCUUGUCUGGUGCGAGGCGCAUGACGCCCUUGCGGGCGCAAGCACUUCUCGAGCCAGAGGACAGCUCCUCCUCAGACUUUGUCGAGUCGCCCGAGGGGGAGUCUUCGCCGGAGGUCUCCGACUCCGAUGGGGGACACCCUUCGAGUGGCGCCGACGAUCGGCGCGGAGCUGGCGAGGCGUCUCCGUCCCUCACUGUGACGUCGGGUGCCUCCGGAGAGCUCGACACCACUGGGGUGCUUGCUGCUGGUCCGAGCUCGCCUGCUUCCUCCCCGGCAUCGGUCGGGUCACGCCGGUCCUUGGGCAUUGCCGCGGCGUCGCCGCCGUCACGGGCGGCUACCGCUGACUCGGCUACCGCUGACUCGGAGGCUAGCGAGGAGGACUACCUCGAGCGGUACCGUGUUCAUGUGUCCAGCCUCCCUCCGUCCGCUGCCCCAGGCGGACCCCCGGGCAGCGCCGGCUCCUUGUCGGCGGCUGCCCUUUCUCCGUCCGCGGCCGCCCGCUUUGUGGCGGCAGCGGACGUCUCGACUGACAGUGGUCAGUCGGCUGCCUCCGGGUAUCGCGUCUGA